AUGACCUUGGACGCAGCCCUGUUCACUCUCCAUUUUGUAAGAAGACGAGACCAGCCAUGGAUCGUCGAUAUAUAUCCCACCUCUGAUGGGUCUAGCCACAGUAUAGCUCCACCAGUGCCGUCUAAGGACUCGCAUGGCGGCCCAUCUACAAGCACACCCAAGCCCACCGCUUUCACAGGCACCAUCCCGGACGUCUCUGCUCAGCGUGCGCUUGCCCUCGAGUUCAACGACUUUUCCAAGCAAACACCCAGCUACACACGAGUGCGAGCGACCAACCAUACACAGUACGCCACCAUUUUGCUCGAUGGCCUCAUCAACGACUGCCUCCUCGCUUCCAUAUCACAGCCAUGCACAAACAGCGUCAAAAGUAAGCACAUCAUGCUCUACAACCCGGAAAGCGACGUCGAACUCGAAAAGCGCAGCAUGACAUUCCAACAAGCGUGGCGGUUUCACUUCGGUGACGCUAACUCGAGGAACGCGGAAGAGUUUUCAUGGCGGCGCGAGAGGGGCCCCUCUUCAUCGCAGUCAGCGUAUGUGUGCGAGGUGAUUCGCAAGCCAGACCCCAGUGUGUUGGCCGCGCAGUAUCGCCCUCCUUCAGCGAAAGGAAAGUCGGGCUCACUGCAGAUCAUGGAUUACAACAUCAACCGCCUCGACGUGCAAGACAAGAAAGGGCUGGAGGUGGCCCUAGUCAUGACGCUCAGUGCACUACUCGAUCAGGAGUAUGAUGACAAGGUAGCAUCGCGUGGCGAGCGCAAUCUUUACAUCUGCAGCAGCGGCAUCCCCACCGAUCUCAGCACGCAGGGAUUCAGCGCUGCAUGGCAAGAGGCAGAAGCUCGUCAUCAAGCCGAGCUGGUCAGACUUGGUGGAGCGGCUUCCGCUACUGUCAAAGCCGGAGAAGUGCUCAACGGAUCCUCACGGAAAGAAUCUCCCGAUCUUGACGCAGCCACCGUUGACCGCAUCGCCAACUUGGACCCCAAUGAGCUGCUCGUCACCAAAUGGCGGGCCAUCGACGAACAAACGGGAUAG